AUGGAAUCCAAAUCAGACCCACCAAAUAGAAACCAAAUCAAUCAGCUUAUGGAGGACUGUCCCUCUUCUUCCUCUACUCCUAAUCUCGAAUCAGACCCCGAAUUAUUGAUGCCCGAUUUCCCCGACGAAAUCGCCAUUGAAAUCAUUUCAAGACUGCCAGCUAAAUCCUUGGGAAAUUCAACUGAAAGUGAUGAUUUUUCCCACCACCGUCUCAUCUUGUAUGAGUUCACGGACAAUAGAUUCCAACACCGGCUGUACUCUGCGAGUUCUUUGCUGAAUGAGGUGUUCGAUGAAACGACCGCUGCUGCUGAGGUAUUUAAUAUCGAUUAUAUAUUACAACCUUAUGAGUUAUUUUGGGUGGUAGAUUCUUGUAACGGACUUGUCUGCUUGAUUAAUAUGGAUAGGGAGUUGAUUUUGUGUAACCCUUGUACUAAGAAAUUUAAGAAAUUGCCUGGGUCUGAAAUCAGAAAAAGUAACACUCUUGGAUUUGGUUAUGAUUCCUUGAAUGACGACUAUAAAGUGGUUGAAUUUGUGGACAAUAAAGUCAAUAUGUACAGUGUUAAAACUAGUUCUUGGCGCAAGAUUGAGGAUUUGGAGGUCAUUACUCCAGCGUAUGACAAACCGGUGCAUUAUGUGAGUGGAACCUUUUAUUGGUCUACCAAUGAUGGAGUUGACGAUUGGAUGAUUGCUAGUUUCGAUUUGGGGAAUGAAACGUAUGGGAUCAUGGACCGUCCCCCAAAGAACAACGAUAGCUAA